AUGGACCAGAAUCGCAUCCCCUCCUCUUCGCCCAUGCAGCAUCACGAUGCCUGCGGGCGCCCCACUUCCUCCUCCAAUCCCUCGGAUCCCAUCGCUCCCUCAUCGACCAUGCCCCGUCCAUCGUCCAGUCAACAAAGUCCCCCGGGACAGACGUCGAACCAUCCAUGGCCACUCGAGAAGCACGGCGAGAGCUCGGGGUCCAGCACCUGGGCAUCGUCCUCCGCUUCCUGGCAGUCCAAAGACGACGAGGCCACCGUAAACCCCUCCAGCAUAGCAUCCAGCAGCCGGCUCCCCUCGACCCACUUCCUCACCGAAGGGGAUACCGACGAGACCAUGUCCUCCUCGCCCAUUACGCCCACCGAAGACAUCUACCUCGAAACGCCCGGCUCAGCCCUACUCACCUCGGAACCGCUGAACCGGUCAGCAUCCACUGCCCCCUCCCCCGCGCUCUCCAUACCGUCCACUGCGCCGUCCCCUCUCCCCGUCCCCACCUCCGGCAGACUCGCCACCGGAUCCAGCGCCAGCUCGAGAGUGGGCAAGCGGCGACUCCGCGCCUCCUCCCUCCCUUACACGAUAACGUCUCACAAGCGGCGGCGCGUUGCGGGGGACGCGCCUACACCUACCGAGGAGAGCGCGCGGAUCUUUGCUCAGCGCCUGCGGGACCCGCAGAGGCUCUCGGUGCAGCAAGCGCGGGCGCGAGAGUUGGGCGCGCGACUCUUGGCUGGGCGUCCGCUCAAGGGCGGGUGUCGACCAGGGGAGCAGAUCGUCGUCGCUUCUCAUCAUCCACCGAUCAACAUCAAAACCCUCCGCUCGCUCGACGCCCACGAGAUACUCAAACAGCCACAACUCCGUCAUGAUCUCCUCUUCGACACGCUCGCUUUCCGGCCGAUCAACGCAUCCUCGGCAGCGACGUACUCGGAGACCCUCACGACAGGGACGGAGCUCGCUGCUACGGCAGAACCGGCCUCGUCGAGCGGGGCGGUCGCGGCCGUAGCACGGGGAGCGUGUACCGUGACGGACAUGUACUGGGAGAGCGUCGAGAUGGAGAUCACGACGGGAUGUCGGUGCACCCGGUGGCAGGUCCCGGUCGGUCAGCAGGUGGACGUCAAGAGUAUCAAGGGCAAGGAGAGGAUGAUGGAGUGCGUGUGCGGCAAGUGGCGAUCGGACCUUAACGAGGAUGAGUGGUGGUCCUUCCAGCAGAGCAGGAUGUGGAAGAGCCGUCUCCCCGAGCUGAUCAAGACGCUCCGCGAGAUCCUCAUUUCCUUGAUGGGCUCGACCACUCCCUGUCCCAACCACUUUGCCCACUCCUUCUCCCGCGAAGCGCUCGACCUACACGAGCUCACAUGCCCUACCGUCACCCACGCACUUGUCCCGCAGCUAUACGAGGCACUCGAUCCCGAGUUCCUCACCCGACGCGUCCGACGCCAGACGUUCGACUUUUCGCUGUUCGAGAUGCUCGGCGAGGCGAUGAAAGUGCACUGCGCGCCAAUCAGGGAUGGGCUGGUGGAUGAGAUGGUUAGGACGGCUACGGGAUCAGGGGUGGCUAUGGGGUUGAGAAAAUGCUUUGACUGCGUGGAGAUCAUGAAGCUGGAUAUUGCCAACCACCAAGUCCAUGCCCUUCGUCCAUACCUCUGGUCCUGCGCCACACAAUACGAGCUAUCAGCAUUCCACGCCUUCCUCGCCUCCUCCUCCAUCCUCCUCCCCUCAUCCUCCACCCGCGCCUGGGUUCGCGCCUCCUCACUCCGCGUCGUCGCCCGCGCAUCACCCGCCGAGCGCACUCACCUCGUCGGCAACUGCCCAUGCCGCCUCGGCGACAAUACCGAGCUCGUGCUCCGGUCUGCGGCGGACGGCUUCACUGCGCUCAUCUUUGGCGAUCAGGGCUGGAAGAUGGGAGAGGGCAAGGCAGGCGGGAGGUGGCAGGCAUUCUUGAACCCCAAGAAUGGGAUGGCAGUCGAGGCUUGUUCGGCGGAUAGUGUGCCGGAGAGCCUGAGGAUGGAUGUGAGGCGGAUCAGCGCGUUCCAUGCUGAGGCUGUCGAAAUGACAAUCGUCCACCUUCUCAUCCUCGCAUGCCGGGACAUCCUCCCGUCUAUCCACCCCUCCCUUUCCCCCAAAGCCAGCCGGAAACACCUCGAGGAUAUCUCAAACGACCUCGACCUUAUCCUCUCCAACCACCCUGUCUGCGGUGGGGAACAAGACGGUGAAGUCGCCCUUCAGCUCGCGGCCCGUAUCCUCCGGCUCGAACCCUCGGACCUCACCUCCUUCCCUUACACUUCGGCCGAGCACAUCCAGCUCGAACGCCUCGCCGACCAGCUUUCCAAAUACAUCACCACCCACAUUCGGCCCGACUCGACGCUCUUUGCGCACUCGUUCAAGCGGAUCGAGGAGGUCGUGCGCGUCAUGCUCACGCACGAGAUGUUGAAGCUCGAAGGAGAGAUGACGGUCGCUCAGGCGAGUGCGGGCGGGGCGGGGGUGGCGGGUAUUGAAGCUUGCAAGGCUAUGCGGGGGAUCAAGAGCUAUUCGGCCGAUAGCGACGACGAGGACGACUCUGUCCCCGCCGCCGCCGGCGUCGCCGAGGGCGGACCAGAGAAGGAACGUACCGACUCGACAGCGGUCCGCCGGCAGUCCCGCGCGGUCAGGGAACGACAGCGCGCAGAGGAGAAGCGGCUUGCGAGGCUGUAUGGCCUCGAGCCGGUGUAUGGGGAUAUGCGGGCGCUUGUUAAGCGGAUGGAGAGAAUAGCGGGGUUCAACGUGAGGGUGUUUAGGCAGAUAUAUGGCGAGGCGGGCAUGGUCGUGGGGGCUUAG